UUAGCAGAAGCUGGAGUAAAUCCUAAAAUUAUUAAUACUUGGGCCAAAGAUCAGAAACUUAUUCAAUAUUCCAAUAAAAUUCAGAGAAAACGAACUAAGAAGCGAAUGGCUAAUCCAGAUAAAAUUCUCAUUCAUUUCUCCUUAGCAAGGGUAUCUAAAAGGCUUCAGAAUAUAGAUGUAUCUAAAAUUCCUACUAGAGGGGAUCUCGCGGAUGUGAUAGUGAUGUUGAGUAUGAGACCUGCAGAAGUAAGAUCUCUUCAGAUUAAUUACUAUGAACCAGACCCUUCGAAUAUUCCAGCAUGGUAUAAAGAUGGAUAUUCUUGGUAUUGUACGGGUUAUCUAAAAAGUAGAGGGGAAAAGAAAAAGAAUCCCAUACCCAAACCACUCCUUUCCAUGGAGAAGAAUCCAGAAUGUGCAAGAGAAUUGCUUACCUGGAUUCAAGAGGCAAUUAAGGCUAGAAAGUUACAUGACCCUGUCUUUACUGAAAGUGGUAAACAUAAUGAUACACCUUUUAAUGAAUUCUUAAAGCAGGAGCCUUAUAAAACCCUACCUGGAAAGUUAAGAGAUUACGGAAGUAAGCAUGCUUCCAGAAUCCAUGGAGGUGAUAAUUACAAUACAGAAUCGAAAGACUCUGAACCAGAGACAAGCGACAGUCCAAAACCCCAAACACAGGCUUCUUCACCAUCUCAGACAAUGGAAAUGGAUUCAAUGUUAGCUGAAAUUGAUGCAAUGUUAGCUGAAAUUCAGAAAUAA